GCACCUUUAAUGUUGCAUUUAAAAGCUAUGGGAUAAACAUUUUUAUGUUUAGGCUUUUUAAGGCACAUUUCUACUUUUCUAUUCCUUAAUGGAAAAACCCUGCUUCAGUUUUUAGUUAAGUAGUUAGUUAGUGAUCGUUUGUCCCAUGGUAAAUCGAUAGCUAAAAGAUGUUGGUGUUUCUGAUGCCGCCAGUUUGCUGGCAGCGACGCAAUUGCGCAAUUGUUGGCUCAUUUCGGCUGCCUCUUUUUUUUUGGCGUGCUUCAUUUUUGUUUACCGCCUUGGUUUUGGUUUCGGAUUCGGAUUCGGUUUUGGUUUUGGUUUUGGUUUCGGCUUCGGUCUCAGUCUCAGUUAAUGCGGCUGUUUUCGAGAGCAAUUUUGCCUUGGCUUUGGCUGGCUUUACCCUCGGUGUCUCUGUCUCUGGGCCCGGUCGAGAGCGAUGGAUCGGGCGGGAUCGGCCGGCUCACUCCACUCCACUCCACUCCGAAACCAGCCAUCAGCCAUCAGCCAUUGACUGAGUACGAGUGGUGGCUAUGGCUUCGCUGGAUCUACCUCCGCUGUUCGUUGACGCUCUGCUGCCGCCCCACUGCCUCACCGCUGCGCCGUCGGCCUCUAAACAUAUGUAUACAUAAUAAUUUUACUUUUUUCUGCCGUUUUCCAGCUCGCUGCUUUUUAACUUGCAAGCAAAAGUUUUUCAUUCGCCGUCAGUUGUAUUUCGGUUCGCGCCGCGAUCUGUCGCACAUUGGACUUAGACUCGCCACCGCUUUCGAGAGCAACAGAGACAUUAUUCCGAUCCCGAUCCUGUGCUAUAUCCUGUGCAGCGCAGUACGUGGAGCUACUAACGCUACAUCCAGCUUCCCGGAAAAGAAAACUCACGCAACUCACCAGAAAAUGGCAAUGGCACGCUGCUCGGGAUGGCCUGCUGUGAUGGUCCUCCUGGCCUGCUUGGCCGGCAGUCAAUCCCUUCCGGAGUUUGGCGACGGCAGUAGCCCGAGCGUAACCGGAAGGCCAGCCCUGAUCCGGACGGAACUCCGCUUCGGCCGCAACCUGGACCCCUCGAAGGUGCGGGUGGUGAACGUGAAGUCCAGCAAGGGCGAGGACGUGGAGAUCCUGGUGGGGAAGAACAGCCGCAAGGCCCGCGCCGAGGAGGCGGCUGGCUCCUUCUUCGUGCGCAGCGCCGACGUCAAGCGGCCCCCGAUGCGGCCGGCGGCCAAGGUCAGCGGCCGCCAGCUGACCUUCGAGCACAGCCCGGCGCUGCUCAAGCAGAGCGAGCUGGCCCAGCAGAUGGGCAACUACCGGCAGCGCAAGGCGGAGGCGGAGCAGCGCCACGCGAAGCAGGUCCAGCUGCAGUUGGCCAAGGCGCAGAGCAAGGCGUUGGAGCUGCAGCACCAGGCGGUGCAGGGGGAGUCGCGCCGUGGACGCCAGCUGGCCGCGGACGUGUCCUGGCAGCCGGCCUACGCCCAGUUCCCGACGCAUCCCGUCCCCCGCAGGAAUUUCUCCCUGGAGGUGGACCGCCAGUGGCAACCUUUCGGACUGGACCAUUCCGUUGAGAUCCUGCCACGAGUGCAGCGCCCGGCGGCCGCAUCCUCCGUCAGCUUCCCCAGGGACAUGGAGUUCGCCGCCUCCGACGUCCAUGAGUACCUCGCCGGCGACAGGGACACUCGGGCCUAUGCCUCCCAGGGCUACCGACCCCAGAACCUCAUCACCAAGCACAACUACAACUACAACGCCCUGCCGCAGAAGUCCAAGUACGUCACGUACAUGCCGCACUCCGUUGUGGUGACGGCCAGUGCGGGGGUGGCCACGCCCUCGGCAGGAGUCGCCCACACGCGGCGUCCGGGACAGGGCGGCCCCCACCACAACCCCAUCGGACAGAGCACGCACAGCAUCGUCGACGGUCCUGCCGUGACGCUCAUCGAGGGCGUCCGAGUGCCGGACAGCGCCGAGGACAAGGUGAAGACCUGGCGCAACGCCCGCGUCCUGAACAACCAGCUGGUGCCAUAUCCCGAGGGCUACACGCCGCCGAGGGCGCAGAUGCCCAGCUUCGACCGGUAGAAGCAGAAGGGGACCAGGAGGGGACCAGGAAGGGACCAGGAGGGGAC